UGGGGGGGUGUCGGCCGUCGGGCUUGGUGAGCGGCGGUAAGGUUCCCGCCUUUGCGGUGGUCGAUUCCACGGCCCGGGACAUCCAGACCUUGGGGCGGUUGGCCAAUGGCGAACUCCUAAACUCAGGGUCGGGAGAUGACCAGACUCCGUUGGGCUCACAUACCCCGACGGGACUCCCGGUCCUGAGAAAACGCAGAUCCCAACUGGGCUGGGCAGGCAUCUCUGUUGGUUGCCACUAAGUUUCUCCUUGUGUUUUGGAUGUCUGCGUGUGUGUCUACUGUGUCCUUAAGUUUGCGGGUGUCUGUUUUUGAGCUGAGGCUUGUCGGUGUUCUUGACUUUCGUGCUUCUGAAUUUCUGCCUUGUGUCCGUUUCUGAGUGCUAGUGCCGCGAGUUUCUUCGCGUGUCUGAAUGUCUUGGAGAAUGCGUGUCAACCGACCAAUGAGUGAGACUUCUUUGGGAAUGUGGGAGUCUGAGGUGCCUGUUGAAGGGUGUCCUCUUGCUUUAGAGGGGUUGGGAAGAAUAGGCGCUGUCAUCCAUCCCCUUUCCCGCUCCAUAUUUUUACAGACGCUGCUGGAAAAAAAAGGAGAAAAAAAGUUUCUCCCCCUCAGCGGCGCUCACCUUUUAACGGGAAUUUUCUUAACUUCCAAUUUCUCCCCUCACCCCCGACUAGUUCUUUCCCUUCAUUCUGCCUCCUGUUCUACAAACCCAUUUAAAAAAAAAAAAAAAGGAAGCAUUAUUUAGUCUCUGACCCUCACCCCCAAACACACUUUUCUCUAAUUGCCGUGUAGCAAGCCUGAGGUUAAAGGAUAAGCCAGCCCAGCAAAGAUGAGGUGCUACAGUAUUUAUUUAUUUUGGAAGGAAGGGUGUAAUUAGCCCUAAAUAACAGCCCUUGCAGCCUGCAGAGGGGAGCCUCCUGGCCCUAUCAAAGGCAGGCAGAACAGGGAGGCACUGGGGCUGCAUGAAGUCACAGAUACCGAAACUAUGUGCCUGAUAAUGAUAUAAUUAGGGGAUCAGAGAUUUCUGACUGCUGCGGACUUCAAAAGCUUUAUUUAAAAGAAGCCAGCAGCCUCUGCUGUAGCCAUCUUGACUGGAGCAGACAUUUUUGUUUAAUCACCACAUACAGUAACUAGAAAGGGGCAAACAGAAGAGCAUUGUUCACUGUUUUAAAAUACCAGUCCCCUUUUGGCCUUUGCAUGCCACAGGAAGAAACCUUAUGAAAUGACAGAAAUAUAGUUUUAAUACAGUAAUACAAAAGUCCAUUCUCCUUGUUGAAAUGUGGCUCCAAUUUUUCUUUAAAGUCUUAGAACUUUCUCGGUUACCUGUCAAAUUUUUAUUAAGACUGCUUUAGGUCAUUGGAAAUGUAGUAUUUUAAAUAGGCGCUCAUAAACACUGAAGCAGCAGCGUUUUACUUUUGUUAGUUUUCCCUUUCUGUACGAAAUUCGAGGCUAAUAGGCUCAAAGCAGACUUUUUAAUCUGUUUUAUUUCUACUUCAAAUCUGUUUAGAAUUUGUCAGGCCAGGGAUAUGUAGUCAUUAUCACCUAAGACUGGUGAACUUUUAUGCAAAGAAUACAUGAACUGGGAAGGGGGAGAAAACAGAAAGGAAUUGCUGUAGACCUUCCUCUGUAGCAGAGGAAGCAGAAGGGACCUGGACCGGUAACCGGUAUAGCAAGGUUUGAGCUGGCUGGCUUUUCUUCCGACUGAAGUGUGAGCGGCCUGGAUGAAACCGAGCACACCAUGUGGUGUCCUGGAAUUUGGACAGAUAAUUAAAUGAGACACCUUACUCAGACAUUCACAGAAAGGAGGAGGAAAAGGAGUGGAGUUGGGAGGUUUGGAAAAGCCAAGGCUCUCUGUGUUGAGUGUCAGAGUGGCGGCUUCAGUAAGUAGACUGAUCUGCUUGGGACCUGCAACAGGAGAUGUAUGCAGGAGUCUGGUUUACAGUAGUGUGCUGUGGCAGCCAACAGUGAUGGGCGUUCACCCCUUUGGACAUCUCAGUUUCUUGUGAUAGAUAAUUCUCAGGACCAUGGCCAAGCCUGGAAUCUUGCACUGUUAAAAAGAUGUUAAAAGAGCCUUGCAACUCACAGAGCGAGAUCAGAUGCUACUGUGAUGCCGCUCACUGUGUGGCAACUGGUUACAUGUGUAAGUCCGAGCUUAGUGCCUGCUUCUCCAGACUCCUUGAUCCUCAGAACACCAAUUCCCCACUAACCCACGGCUGCCUGGACUCACUCGCAAGCACAGCAGACAUCUGCCGAGCCAAACAGGCCCAAAACCACUCUGGUCCCACCAUGCCCACUUUGGAAUGCUGUCAUGAAGACAUGUGCAAUUACCGAGGACUGCAUGAUGUCCUCUCUCCUCCCAAGAGUGAAGCCUCAGGACAAGGAAACAGAUACCAGCAUGACAGCAGCAGAAACCUCAUCACUAAGGUGCAGGAGCUGACUUCCUCCAAAGAACUGUGGUUCCGUGCAGCCGUGAUCGCGGUUCCCAUUGCUGGCGGACUGAUCUUGGUGCUGCUCAUUAUGUUGGCCUUGCGAAUGCUGCGAAGUGAGAACAAGAGGCUGCAGGAUCAGCGGCAGCAGAUGCUCUCUCGUUUGCACUACAGCUUCCAUGGACACCACUCCAAGAAGGGACAGGUUGCAAAGUUGGACUUAGAGUGCAUGGUGCCCGUCAGUGGGCAGGAGAACUGCUGUCUGACCUGCGACAAAAUGAGGCAAGCAGAUCUCAGCAACGAGAAGAUCCUCUCCCUUGUGCACUGGGGCAUGUACAGUGGUCAUGGGAAGCUGGAAUUCGUAUGACAGUCGUGUCUGAACUGUAAAUGGAACCCUUGAAGGCCUUCUGAGUUCUGCUGACAGGAGCACUUUUAUCUGGAGACAACUAACUUGCUUAGUCAUCCUGGAGAAACAAAAUGACCUCUGAAAAGAGAACCUUGGGUAUUUCUUCUGAAGGAUUAUUUGCACAGACUCUACAGUCAAAUGGAUUAAUUUGCUUUAAAAUUAUAAUAAGCAGAGAGAGGACUCUGCACACUUUCCCAGGGUUCUUAGUGUCCCAGGGAGGCACAACUGACUGAAAUAAAAGCACUGUGCUCUCUGUAAGCUCCUACAUAUUCAUUUAUUGUAAAGAUUUUUUAAAAUAUAUAUAUUUUUGUCCGAAAA